UCUGUGCGCUCUACUGUUUGCAUUGUGUCUGAACUGCCGGCGAGCUUAAAAAUAUUAUAACCACCGCGGCAAUGUCGGGCAGGUCGGUCCGAGCUGAGACCCGGAGCAGGGCGAAGGAUGACAUCAAGCGGGUUAUGGCCGCUAUUGAGAAAGUACGAAAAUGGGAGAAGAAAUGGGUGACUGUUGGAGACACGUCCCUUCGCAUCUACAAGUGGGUGCCAGUGACGGAGCCCAAGUCAGAUGAUAAGAACAAGAAUAAAAAGAAGGGCAAAGAUGAGAAAUACGGCUCAGAGCUGACGACUCCAGAGAACAGCUCCUCUCCAGGCAUGAUGGACAUGCAUGACGACAACAGCAACCAGAGCUCGAUCGCUGACUCAUCCCCAGUGAAACAGGAAAACAGUUGUAGCACCAGCCCCGCCCCCGAGCCCACCGCCUUGUCUCACCGUGACAACAGCGAGGCCAAGACUGACCAGAGCCCGGACAGCAAGAGGGGUAAGACCACCCCUUCAUCAGAGACCUCAGAGAGAGCACAAAGUGCCAAGAGAGACAGCCUGUCCUCAGGGGAGAAGGACUCUUCAGACAGCAAAGCCACUCAGGACUCGGAGGCGGAGGCCCCACCCAGCAAGAAAAGCAAACUGGAGUCCUCAUCUCAGGACUUUGAGGAGAGUUAAAUGUUUGGGGCUGAGUCUUUUCUCUCCCUCACCCUCCCCCCCUCUGUUCCUCCCUCCUUUAGAUAAUUUAGUGCUAAUGAACACAUUAGCCUCCCGCUCCUCUUCCUCCCCCCACCUCCUCCUUCUUCACCCAAACUCCUCAAUACCAAAGGGAGAAUGGACGUCUCUCUUCCUCCCCCUCUUCCUCCCUCCCUGACGUCUACCCCCCCCCCCUCCAAUUUGCCACCUUUGCCCUAACACUCCUCUGCCACAGAGGGAGAAUGGAUAUUACCUCUAUUCACUGGUCCCCCUCCGUGCUUCCUUCCAGUUCUCCACACUUUUUCACUAAUGCCAAGAGAAGCUCUGAACCCAGGCUGCAAUCCCCUCUGUGACCAGGGGCGGCGCUGUCAGCCCAGCCCAGCCCAGCCCAACCCAACCCAACCCAGCCCAACCCAACCCAACCCAGCCAGCGCCAGGCCAGACCACAGACCCUGACCUGCAUCUGUGACUAAGAGAGUCAACACUGGGGAUCUGAGAGUAGGACGAGGUUGAUCCCGGACGCUGCUCUGAGACCGCUUUUUAAAACGUUUCACUGCUAAUGGUUUAGCUCAGGAUAACUCAAGAGGCUAACCUGGUCUCAGAUCAGUGGCUGGGCGGGGAAACCUCCACCCUAAGACCACGUCACUUCAAUCCUCCCGAUUCGCCUCCUGUUAGACUAAUGUUCUAUAUUUGUUUAGGAAAUGUUUAGGGUUUUUUUCUCAGGAGGGUCAAUGCACUGUUAUGGUAUGUCACAAUCGAUCACAGAUAGAUUUGCUGCUGUAGUGGAUGUCUUUUUUCUCUAUCCAUGAAAAGUUCUCCAUUCACAUGUUUUUUUUUUUUUGUUUGUUUUUUUAAAAGCGAGUUAGUUUGUGGUUCGUAGAGGAAGACGACGACGGUACUGGUCAAGAUAUAAACUCUUGGAUAAGUAGUGAAGACAAGCAUAGGUAGCAUAGGUCCUGAAGGCGUGCCUUGAGUUGCUACGAUUAAAUACAUGUUUUAGGUCAGACAGGCUUUGAAUUACAAUUUUGGUGCCAUUUUUUUUAUUUUAUUUUAUUUUAUUUUUUUUGCCUUAUUGUCACUAAUCUGUUUGAUCCAAUAUUUUUAUUCAUCUACAAACAUUUGAUUUUAUUUAAAGGAACAGUUCAGCAUUUUGGGAAAUGGUUGCUGGGAGUAAAAUGAGACUGAUACAACUUUCAUGUCUGUCCAGAGGCAGUUAGCAUAGCUUAGCAUAAAGGCUGGAGGGGGAGGGGCAGCUAGCUUGACUCCGCCUACUUGCACCUCUAAAGCUCACUGGUCAAUACAUUUAAAAAAAAAAAAAAAAAAAAAGUUUUCUUCCAAGAAAUAUGUCUUUUUAAAAAAAAAAGACAAAUAGUGGUUUUAUAUGUGGUGACUUCCUGGUGGAAAACUAAAGCUUUUGUACUGAUUAAAAAAACAACAAAAUAAAGUGUGUUAAUAAGUGAUCUUCAGAGGUGCGGAUGGGACAGAGCCAUGCUAGCUAUUUCCCCCCGUUUCCAGUCUUUAUGCUAAGCUAAGCUAACAGACUCCCGCUUGAUAUUUACCGUACAGACGUGAGUGGUAUCGAUCUUAUUUCAGUCACAUUCCCCGAGAUGUAAAAACCGUUUCUUUAAAACAGUUGGAGACUGGAAUUUGAACACUACCCAGAAGUUAAAUUUAAAUUUGUCUUCUGGACAUUUGAACAUCUGUGAACCUCAUCAAUCAGAACUCCUGGUCUGUGUUUACUUCAGGUGGCACUUUGUUGUUGUUGUUUGUUGUUGUUUUCCCCCCACUAAAGUAGAACCAGACCAGUUGCUGAUACUGGUUGUUUUUUCUUUCCUCCCCCCCCCCCGUCUGCUCCACCAUCACGACUUUGAUUUCCUCGCCUCCCAUCUCUGUACGUGUUCUGUGUAUCACUACUUAUCUCUGACCGACAUGUUUCUGUAGCUCACCACAGAAGGGUCCAGUCUUUCAGCUCAAACAUUGGUUCUAAUCCUCCUUCAAGGUGCUGUCUGUCGGCUGAAUCCAUACACGUGCGGCAUCAAGCUCUCGGUUUUUGCUACUUGAACUUCAUCGUACGGAUUCAGACCUAUGACCUCUAAUGUACAACCUCACACGUGUAAGAUGUACUUUGAUUAAUCAAUAUUUACUUGUGAAUAUGGAUUGAAAUCAAUUGAAAUCACUGCAAACCAAUGACUUCAUGACAUAACAGGGGCUAUGGAAGUACUUCAUGACACAGGAUUACUUGAUCAGAUUUCAGCAAAUCAGCAUUCACAUGGAUGGAGAGAAAAGAAAUGAAAAAAAUGACAAUUGUCUCAGUUCAGAGGAUGGAUUAGCAUAUACCUCAUUCCCAGUCCAGCAGCGCUGGAACUUAAAAUGCUAUUGUAUUGACAUUAACAGUUAUAAACAGCAUUAUGUACACUCAGUUUAAGAAAAAACAAAUCUCACUUAUGUUGUAGCUUUCACCUGAUCGAGCCGAUUGCUUAUAGUUUGCUCAUAACUGUGCGUAAGGAAAAAAACAAAACAAAAAAAAGCUGUGAGAUAUAAAAUCUUGUAUGUUGGUUUUUUUUUUCCUUUUUCUUUUUCUUUGUUUUUGGUUCGUUUGUUUUUUUUUUUUUUUUCUUGGGACCAUUUUGUUUCACUUUAGAUCUUGUACAGAUUUAUGGUUUGGUUUGACUUAUUUAUUCCAUCAGUAGUGCUUGGUUUUUAUCAUGUCCAAUGGUUUUGUUUUCUUAAUAAAAUUCACAAAGUUG